CGGAACAUGAAGAGGAACGGGAGCCGGGGGUGCGUGGCGCGGAAGACGCGCUUCGGGUCGCGGGAGCGGGACUGGCUGAAGGGGGACAGCCAGCGGGGGUGCGUGUGCCUGUACGGCCCGGCCGACCCGCAGCCCGACCUGAGGCUGGUGCUCUGCUCCUCCAGCACCUCGGCCCAGGAGCUGUGCUCCCAGGGGGAGGCGCAGGCGCUGUACCUGCAGCUGCACGGAGACCUGCUCAGGAGGCUGGACCCCUCGGAGUGCCCCCUGCAGAUCGUGUACGACUACCUGGCCGCCAUGGGGUAUGAGGACCCUCUGAGGAUCCAGAGGGAGGCGGCCAACUCCGACCUCAGCUGCAUGAUCCGCUUCUACAGCGAGAAGCCCCUGAGUGUGGACCAGCUGGACCGCACGCUGCUGAAAGGGGUGUUCAGCGUGCGGAAGGGGAAGACGCAGCUGCACAAGUGGGCGGAGCGGCAGGUCAUCCUCUGCGGCACCUGCCUGACCGUGGCCUCCGUGAAGGAGAGCCUCACCGGCAAGAUGCACAUCCUGCCCCUGGUGGGGGGAAAGGUAGAAGAGGUGAAGAGGAGGCAGCAUUGUUUGAUGUUCAGCUCGGCCGGUCCUCAGGCUCAGACCUACUUUGUGAACUUUGACACCCUGGCGGACUACCAGAGAUGGCACCGGCAAGCGUCUAAAGUGGUCUCUCAGACAGUCAGCCUGGUGGAUCUCUCCUGCUACAGUCUGGAAGGAGUCCCUGAGUGUCUGUUCUACAGCCAGGACAUCACCCACCUCAACCUGCGCCACAACUUCCUGAGUCUGGAGGGGGCCGGGGGGAUACAGAACCUCUGCAGGUUCUCACAGCUGAAGAGCCUGAAUCUAUCCCACAACCGCCUGGGCUCCUUCCCAGAAUGCAUCUGUGACAUCGCCUCACUUACAGAGCUCAAUCUGUCCUGCAACGGAAUCCAGACUCUACCUGCACAGAUCGGCCACCUGCUCAGCCUACAGACGCUGUCUCUGGACGGGAACCAUCUCAGCGCCCUGCCCGACGAGCUGGGCGGCCUGCCCGGCCUCUGCAGCCUGGGCCUCUCCUUCAACGACUUCCCCCACGUCCCCGCAGUGCUGGACAGGCUGACGGGCGUGGACCGGCUGGCCAUGGCGGGGAACCGGGUGGAGACCCUGGAGCUGGGCAUGCUGGCGCGCAUGACGCACCUGAAGACCGUCGACCUGCGGCUGAACGGGCUCCGCUGGGUAAAGACUGAGGACCUGGAGGCGGUGAAGCAGGUGACCUACCUGGACCUGCGGGACAACCAGCUCACCUGCCUGGACCUGAGCUCCACCUGCAGCCUGGAGACCCUGCACUGCCAGCGCAACCAGCUGGAGACACUCACGCUCAGCGGGUUCACCCUGCGCACCCUGUGUGCCAGCACCAACCGUUUGACCACAGUCAAUAUCUACCCAGUUCCAAACCAUUUGAUGCACAUGGACCUGUCACGGAACCUGCUGGAGUAUCUCCCAGACUGGGUGUGCGACACCCGAAAACUGGAGGUGCUGGACGUCUCGCACAACCUCCUGUCUGAGCUGCCCUCCAGGUUGCUGAGCAGCCUGAGUCUCCGGAAGCUUCUGGCAGGAGACAACCGUCUGCGUGGCCUGCCCGACCUGCUGGACCACACCCCCCUGGAGACACUGGAUCUCCAGCACAACCAGCUCUGUGAGCUGCCUGAGGGCCUCUUCUGCAAGGCGCUGAAUCUGAGGUACCUGAACGUGUCGGCGAACUCCCUGGAGAGCGUACCCCCGAGCAGCCACACGGAGGAGAACCUCGGCACCCUGCAGGAGCUCUACCUGACGGGCAACGGCCUGACCGAGAACUGCGCCGCCCUGCUGGUCGGACACCAGCACCUGCGCGUGCUGCACAUGGCCUACAACCAACUGCAGGCCUUCCCUGCCAGUAAGCUGAGUAAGUUUGAGCAGCUGGAGGAGCUGAAUCUGAGCGGGAACCAGCUGAGGAGCCUGCCCUCCACCGUGUCCAGCUGCCACAGACUCCACACCCUCAUCGCACACUCCAACCACAUCAACGUCUUCCCCGACAUCCUCAGCCUGCCCGAGAUCAAGCUGGUGGAUCUGAGCUGUAAUGAGCUAGCGGAGAUCCUGCUGCCAGACUGCCUCCCCCCCACCCUGCAGGAGCUCGACCUCACCGGCAACCACAACCUCAGUCUGGAGCACAAAACACUCAACCUGUUCAGCCACAUCACCACCCUGAAGCUGGACCAGAGGCCCGCUGUGACGGCUGGCGACGCCCUGGGCUCCCCCCCCCUCUGGACUCACGGGUACUCCGAGAUGAGCGGCCAGAGGAACAAGCUGUGUGUGUCCGUGCUCGCGCUGGACCGCUUCGGGGACGGGGCGGGGGCCGCUUACGGCCUCUUCGACGGCGACCGGAACGAGGAAGUGCCUCGACUGCUGCAGUGCACCAUGGGAGACGUGCUGUCAGAGGAGCUCCAGCACUCCAGCGUGGACAGCGUGUACAUGACCAACACGUUCCUCACCUCACACAGGAAGCUGGGCGUGGCAGGGCAGAAGCUGGGGGCCUCGGCGGUGCUGUGCUACAUCCACCACGAGCCGUCCGACCCGGCCGGCUGCUUCAGCCUCACCCUGGCCAACGUGGGCUCCUGCCAGGCCGUGCUGUGCCGCGGCGGGCAGCCGCUGCCCCUGUCCCGGGCCUUCAGCCUGGAGCAGAGCGGGGAGGAGACGGAGCGCGUCAAACGCAGCAAGGCCAUCAUCACCGAGGAUAACAAGGUGAGUGGGGUGACCUGCUGCUCCCGCCUGCUGGGCUGCUCCUACCUGUCCCCCGGGGUGCUGCCCAGGCCCUGGGUACACACGGAGCCGCUGUGCGCCCAGGACCACUUCCUGAUCCUGGGGAACCGCGCGCUGUUCCAGAAGGUUCCCUACGGCGAGGCCGUGCGCACGGUGCAGGCCGUCAAAGACCCUCGCGCCGCCGCCAAGAAACUGUGCACGCUGGCGCAGAGCUACGGCUGCCGCGGCAACGUGGGGGCGCUGGUGCUGUCGCUGAGCGUGGGGGAGGACGGCUGCACCUGCGAGCCCCCGCCGGGCCCCCCGGGGCCCCCCGCCCCCGUCCCCGUCCCCGCCGGCGUGGCGCCGGGCGACCCGGCCACGCCCUCCUCCAGCGGCGGCGGCACGGCGUCGGAGUUGAGCAGCGAGACGUCGGCGUCGGAGGUGGGCAGCGAGGCGGGCUCCACGGCGUCCGACGAGAACCCGCCCCCCGGCGCGGCCCAGAAGGCCGAGCGGCGCUGCAGCCUGCACCCCGUCGCCGCGCUCUGCGGGCCGGGGCCGGGGUCGGGGGUCGCCGGGGUCGGGGGUCACCCGGGGCUGUUCCAGCGCCAGCCGUCCUCCGCCACCUUCUCCAGCAACCAGUCGGACAACGGGCUGGACAGCGACGACGAGCGCCCGCUGGAGGGCGUCAUCUCCAACGGCAGCAGGCUGGAGGUGGAGGUGGACAUCCACUGCUGCGCCUUCCAGAUCCGCGCGGGCCCCGCGGGGGCCGCGGCCGAGCCCGACGCGCGGGGCGAGGACCACCACGGCGCCGGGCCGGCGGGGAAGAUGCGCCGGCAGAACAGCGUGGUCGUGUCGGCCACCAACGGCUGCCUGCUGGCGGUGUGCGGACGCGAGCUCUCCGACCUGAAGAAGUCGCCCUCCACCUCCAGCCUGUUCGGCAAGAAGCUGCCCAACGGCUCCGUGGUGGCCCUGGAGGACAGCCACAACGCCAUCGAGGUGGCGCUGGAGGCGCCCAAGAAGAAGUCGGGCUACUUCUCCGCGCCCGCCCAGCAGGACCCCGAGGACCAGCUGGUGGUUCCGGCCGGGCUGGAGCAGGACGUGCGGGAGCAGCUGAGGGGCCAGAACCCCGUUGUCCCGGGCCCCCCGCCCCCCAACACCCCUCCCACCACCAGGGAGCCCGCCUGGGACGGCCCCCGGCCCCCGCAGCUGCCUCGACACCAGCCCCCCAGCCCCCCAGCCCCGCAGCAGGAGGUGUACGACACCGCGCUGUAG